CACUGCAGCCCAGUGAGAUGGGUACAGCUCCCUCAUCCUAGACACCGACGUGCAGAGCCUCAGAGAGGUCCGCAGCUUCUCCCUGGACCUGGGGUUUGUAAGCAGGAAGACUGGGACUCAGAUUCGUACCUCCUCAUUUUCCCUAAACCACCCCAUAUUCCCCUGGGUCACCCCCGGAGGAGCACAGGAAUGUGUACUUUCUAUUUCUCAUUCUUUGGGGCUUGGAGAAAAACCUUUGUUUUUGAGCUAAAAGGUUAGAUUGGUGUGUAGAGCUCAAAGGAACGUGAAAUAGCUUUUGACCUCCCCAUAUUUCUGGGUACUGGAAUUACAACACAUGCGUCGUGUGUUCACCAGAACUCUGUGCGGGUUGACCAGCUUGUUAAGUUUAUGAUUUUCUAUUUUUAGAUGAUGGAUUUGGACAUGCUUCUAUGAAGAAAUGCCCCGUCUCUCUACUGAUCCAAAAACAAAGAUGUCCAGACUACUACCACCUUAGGGGACUAGGGCUGGGUGUCGGCUCUUCCCAGGGGAUCAGGCGUAGUCUGACCCAAGAGCAGGAAGCACAUCCUCACCAAUGACAUCAUGACAGCAAGAGAGCACAGCCCUCGCCAUGGCGCCAGGGCCCGUGCAGUGCAGCGGGCUUCCACCAUCGACGUGGCGGCUGACAUGCUUGGCCUCUCUCUGGCAGGAAAUCUACAGGAUCCAGAUGAACCCAUUUUAGAAUUCAGCUUAGCUUGCAGUGAACUGCACACGCCGUCGCUAGACCGGAAACCAAAUAGCUUUGUGGCAGUGAGUGUGACCACCCCUCCUCAGGCAUUCUGGACGAAGCACGCGCAGACGGAGAUCAUCGAGGGAACCAACAAUCCUAUAUUCUUAAGCAGUAUUGCCUUCUUCCAAGAUUCCCUCAUCAAUCAGAUGACGCAAAUCAAACUCUCCGUGUAUGACGUCAAAGACAGAUCUCAGGGAACAAUGUAUUUGCUGGGCUCUGGAACAUUCAUUGUCAAGGAUCUGCUCCAGGACAGGCAUCAUCGGGUGCAUUUAACACUAAGGUCUGCAGAGAGUGACCGCGUGGGAAACAUCACGGUUAUCGGCUGGCAGAUGGAGGAGAAGGCAGACGAGCGGCCUCCAGUGACCCGGUCUCUGGACACUAUCAACGGGAGAAUGGUCCUGCCCGUGGAUGAGAGCUUGACCGAAGCAUUGGGAAUCCGUUCCAAAUACGCUUCAUUGCGUAAAGAUACUUUACUGAAAUCAGUGUUCGGAGGGGCCAUCUGCCGCAUGUACCGGUUCCCCACCACCGACGGCAACCACCUGCGCAUCCUGGAGCAGAUGGCGGAGAGCGUGCUGUCCUUGCACGUGCCCCGGCAGUUCGUGAAGCUGCUGCUGGAGGAAGAUGCAGCCAGAGUGUGUGAACUGGAGGAGUUGGGAGAGCUGUCUCCUUGCUGGGAGAGCCUCCGGCGCCAGAUUGUCACCCAGUACCAGACCAUCAUCCUCACGUACCAGGAGAACCUGACCGAUCUGCAUCAGUACAAAGGUCCCUCAUUUAAAGCAAGCAGUUUGAAAGCAGAUAAAAAGUUGGAAUUUGUUCCCACAAACUUGCACAUACAGAGGAUGAGAGUUCAAGAUGAUGGAGGGUCAGAUCAGAGCUACGACAUCGUCACCAUCGGGGCACCAGCAGCACACUGCCAAGGUUUCAAGUCAGGAGGACUUCGCAAAAAGCUGCACAAAUUUGAAGAGACCAAGAAACACAGUUUUGAGGAGUGUUGUACAUCAUCCAGCUGCCAGUCCAUAGUCUACAUACCACAGGACAUCGUCAGAGCCAAGGAAAUCAUUGCCCAGAUCAACACCCUGAAAACCCAAGUGAGUUACUAUGCUGAGCGGCUCUCGAGGGCAGCCAAGGACAGGUCGGCCACUGGCCUCGAAAGAACACUCGCCAUCCUAGCAGACAAGACCCGGCAGCUGGUCACCGUCUGCGACUGCAAGCUGCUGGCCAGCUCCAUCCACGGGCUGGACGCAGCACGGCCUGACUACAUCGCCUCCAAGGCCUCCCCCACCUCGGCCGAGGAGGAGCAGGUGAUGCUCAGGAAUGACCAGGACACCCUCAUGGCCAGGUGGACGGGCAGGAACAGCCGGUCUUCUCUGCAGGCAGAUUGGCACGAGGAGGAGUGGGAGAAAGUGUGGCUGAACGUGGACAAGAGCCUGGAGUGCAUCAUCCAGCGGGUGGACAAGCUGCUGCAGGAGCGCCUGCUUGGCGAGGGCGGUGAGGACGGCUCCCCCUGCUCGGGCAGCGGCACCAGCAGGAAAGGUAACCGGAACAGCCACGCCUACUGGAUCAGACCGGAGGACCCCUUCUGUGCUGCCCCCUCCUCAUCACGCCCCGCCACCAUGUCCUCUGCUGCAUGCCAUCCUCACCUGACCACACAUUGCAGCCCCCCUCCUGAAGAGUCCAGCCCAGGUGAAUGGAGUGAGGCCCUUUACCCCCUGCUGACCACACUCACAGACUGCGUGGCCAUGAUGAGCGACAAAGCCAAGAAGGCCAUGGUCUUCCUGCUGAUGCAGGACAGCGCGCCCACCAUCGCCACCUACCUGAGCCUGCAGCACCGCCGCGACGUGGUCUUCUGCCAGACCCUGACCGCGCUCAUCUGCGGCUUCGUCAUCAAGCUGAGGAACUGCCUGCACGACGACGGCUUCCUGCGGCAGCUCCACACCAUCGGGCUGCUCGCCCAGUUUGAGAGCCUGCUGAGCACCUACGGUGAGGAGCUGGCCAUGCUAGAGGACAUGAGCCUUGGAAUCAUGGACUUGAGGAACGUGACCUUCAAAGUCACUCAGGCCACUUCCAGCGCAUCGGCUGACAUGCUGCCUGUCAUCACUGGAAAUCGGGAUGGGUUCAACGUGCGGAUCCCUCUGCCGGGCGCCCUGUUCGACACCCUGCCCCGGGAGAUCCAGAGCGGCAUGCUGCUGCGGGUGCAGCCCGUGCUCUUCAACGUGGGCAUCAACGAGCAGCAGACGCUGGCCGAGAGGUUUGGUGAUACCUCUUUACAAGAAGUUAUCAACAUGGAGAGUUUGGUGCGGUUAAAUUCCUACUUCGAGCAGUUUAAGGAAGUUUUGCCCGAGGAUUGCUUACCUCGGUCUCGGAGCCAGACAUGCCUGCCAGAGCUGCUGCGGUUCCUGGGCCAGAACGUCCACGCCAGGAAGAACAAGAACGUGGACAUCCUCUGGCAAGCUGCUGAGAUCUGCCGCCGCCUUAACGGGGUCCGGUUCACCAGCUGCAAGAGCGCCAAGGACCGCACGGCCAUGUCGGUGACGCUGGAGCAGUGCCUGAUCCUGCAGCAUGAGCACGGCAUGGCCCCGCAGGUCUUCACCCAGGCUCUGGAGUGCAUGCGCAGUGAGGGUUGUCGAAGAGAAAAUACAAUGAAGAAUGUUGGAAGUCGCAAAUAUGCGUUUAAUUCCCUGCAGCUGAAGGCUUUCCCCAAGCAUUACAGGCCUCCCGAAGGGACUUACGGCAAGGUUGAAACUUGAACACACGCUGUCCUCUCAUUAGCUGUUAAAUAACAAGUGUGGGCGCCCUCUAGUGUCAUAGAUGAAUUCUUCAAGAAGACCUGAAGGAUUGGUUUUUACUUUUGUGUUUUUAAAAAAUAUUUCACUAAAGAGUCUAUGGAGCAUGUUUCUAUUCCGCUGGAAUCAGUAGGAGGUCAUGUCUGCUCAGUAGUGUGGAUAGUAACACCUGCCCAUUUGAAACGCCUGCAGCGGAACCACACAGAUGUCGGUAGUCACCUCCAGGAAUCAAGCUAGGUAGUCUGAAAUGCUAAGACUUUUUAAAAUGCCCACUUAGGCAGCUGCUCACUUAUUUUUCUACUGAGUAACUCAAAAUUGAGCACCGAAUUACAAUCUACUUUUUAAAAAUCUGAAUGUAAAACAGUAGUGAACAGUUGGAUCCCGGACAGACCAAUAAAUGUUAAAUGUUAAUUCAGACAUUGGGAAAGAAGCUAGCGCUGGCCGUGCAGUGACAGCAGGUGGCUCCGUGAACCAUCCUACGAUAGCGCAGGUGGAGCUGGACGUUGAAGGUUGAGAAUUAGCCUGAGAUAGACUGUGUUCGAAGAUAACACCUGCAAAAGCCACUCACAGCGAGGGCCACACCUGUCCCUUAUGAGUUACAAUAGAACAGGGUGUGCUUGAGAGCGGGAAGCCAGCUGCCUCCUGUUCUCUUCACUUCCAUGUCCAGCCCCACCCCGCUCGGGGUGCAUGACCCCUUCUCUGGAUGCUGAGGCACAGCACCCCAGGACCUCGCGCAGCCUGGGAUUGAUGUGUGUAGAUGGUGGAAGCCUAAAUCUUUUCAGAACAGAUGUCUUUUUGUGGGUUUCCUUAUUGUCUUCUAAAAGACAAUACAAUCAUGUUUGAAUGUGUGAUGAAAGUGUCUUUUAAGUUUGCAAUAAUUGUUACUAUCCUCUUCUCAUUCUGUUAUGUAAGGUGACUAUUACAAACAAUGAAAUUAGCUCCUAAAAUGAGAUUUUGAAAGAAAGGGACUAAUGGGUCAUAAAACUUAGGGAUUUCAUAGAAAAUGAUGUCUGGUCAUCUAUUAUAAGAUGAUGCAUCUUAUCUGCACAUAGCAGAGUUUUUUUCUUAGUUUGUAUGUUUUAUCAAUUGUUUAUUAUGAUGAUUAUAUUUGUGUUAUUUAAAAGGCUGUAAAAAAAUAUGUGUGGCACACUCAUAAUCUUAAUCCUAAUGAUUGGUGCACCUUUAGGAAAUUUCUUGUGUCUAAAAUUCUGGGUAUUAUUCUUUGGGCUCCUUUAGAAAUGCCACUUGGAAACAUGGGACAGACUUGGGCCUGGGAGCCGAGGCAGGUCCACUCAUGGCAGGGACACGGGGGUGAGCAGUGGAAGAGUGGAACUGGAUGACUUUCCAGAUCCCUCCCCAGUCGGAAGUCAGCAGACAGACAGAGCCUGUCUCCUGAUGCCCAGUGGGAACUGUGUGGAGGAUGCGUCCCUGAGGGACGGCAGCAGCCCCGUCUCUGUGGAAGCUGGUUCAUUGUGGAGAGCGGCAGAGAAACCCACAGCCACCAAACCCACUGCAGAGGUGGCAGCAGCCGGGGGCAGUUUCUUGUGCCGACCCGUUCAGAGUUUCCAGUGUGGCUGAUUCAGCCUUUUUACCUCUCCACCAUUUCAUUUAUUUGUAAUUUUUCUAGUAUCUUUUCUAGUUCCAUCUUUUCUCAUUUUAACAUCACUACCUUUUAAAAUAUUCCCUUUUUAAAAAAAAUUAAAUGUCACCCAUAUUGUUUUCAGGUUUUUGUGUGUGUCUGAAAAGCAUUAAAUACUGCAUUCAUCAAAAGGGAAUAUAGCGAAUGUUAAGUCAACUGUUAGCAGUUUUGCAUGUGGCACCUUUUCGUGAAUUAUUUUCCCAGUUUUGGCUUCAUAUUAUGCAUCACCAUAAAACUCUAAGACUUGGCUAGUCAUGUAGGCAAAGUUCAGGUUCCAGUAUCCUGUCUGAGCACUGCUGCCGGGCUCCCGUGUGAACAGCCUCCCAGAGCAUCGCGCUGACUGUGCUUGCUGAGCAAGGCCGUCGUCAUGGUGGCCAGCGGCGCCCGGGACACGAGAGCCUGAGUUUUCGUUGUACAAGGAAGGCAGCCUUACGGGUUACCAGGAAAUAGAGGUUCUGUCCAGUGUUCCUUCCACGGCCCCCAUUCAAUGGGAAGCGGUGAGACGUACUGAAAACCUGGGCUGUGCUGUGGGCUGUCAGAGCACCUGUGGCCUUUGGUUUCCUUUAAAACAUACAGAUGUUGUAUAGUAAUACAGUUUAGUCCCUACACAAUUGUAUUUGCCAAACUUAGUGCACUAAAGUACUUUUAUUUAUUUGUUUUGGCCAGUAUUAAUAUAUAUAAACAUGUAGUUAUCGUUUUCUAUAUUCUUAGCUCAUUCAAAGCCAUGUAUGCUGUAAAUGUGCUAGUCUUUAGAACGACAAAUAAUAAAUAACUGACAAGAACACGACACUUGGUCUUGCCUGGUUCAUUCUGUUGCAUUGGGAGGACUGGUUCUUUGGCGGCACCUGACUGGACGAUUAGUGGGCAUUGCAUUGAGUGCAUCCGUUUGUAAACGUGGAACCAUGAGACUUGUUUUAUGACUGUUUUCAGUUCAUUUGAAGUGACGGGGCACCGGGGGUGUGGGAUUUAGAGCAUGGGCAUCCACUUCACACAGACUUAGGUCCCAAGCCUGGUGUGACACUCCUUGGCUGGUGACUCCGAGCAAGUUGCUUGCCCUGAGGCUCUGCGUCCUCGUGUGGAAAGAUGGAACCAACAGUGCAUCACAAGGCAGCUGUGAGGUGCUGUGGCACGAAGUUCACGUUGGACGCUGUUACUGGCCGUGUCCGUGAAUAUGGGCCAUGUCUCCUCUGUGGGUUACCUGGUCAUCCGUAUUGCUUGCUAAAAUGUUUCAUGAAUGGUUU